AUGAUGGAAGCUGCCAAGGGAACACAGAGCCUUCCAGUGAAGUCAAACAUUAAUAUUUGCCUCCUGUUUUUUCUCUUCUUUCUGUGCCCAGGACUGAAAAAACGUACAAGGAAGGCCUUUGGGAUACGCAAGAAAGAAAAGGACACUGAUUCCACAGGCUCUCCGGACAGGGAUGGCAUCCCCCCCAGCCCUCAGCCCCCUGAGCUUCCCGAGGGCACACGGGAAGGAGGCAAAAAGGAUUCGAAGAAAACAAAUGGAGCCCCAAAUGGAUUUUAUGCAGAGAUCGACUGGGACCGCUACAAUUCACCUGAACUUGAUGAGGAGGGAUACAGCAUCCGACCAGAGGAGCCAGGCUCUACCAAAGGAAAGCACUUCUACUCCUCCAGUGAGUCUGAAGAGGAGGAGGAGGCUCACAAGAAGUUCAACAUUAAGAUCAAACCCCUGCAGGCCAAGGAUGUCCUGAGGAGCGCGGCCACGGUGGACGAGCUGAAAGCCUCCAUAGGCAACAUUGCACUUUCCCCUUCCCCCGUGAGGAAAAGUCCGCGGCGCAGCCCGGGCACGAUGAAAAGGAAUUUAUCCAAUGAGGAGAUCGCUCGGCCCCGGCGCUCCACACCCACCCCUGACCCUGCCAGUAAGAAACCUGGGGAGGACCCCACAGCCCUGGCCCCGCUCUUUGGGCCCCCGCUGGAGUCAGCCUUUGAGGAGCAGAAGCUGGAUGCUGCUGUAGAUCAGCCUGAGAUCUGGGGGUCGGGCCAGCCCCUCAACCCAAGCGUAGAGUCCCCGAAGCUCCCCAGACCUUUCCCAACUGGAACACCUCCACCACUCCCACCCAAAAACAUCCCGGCCACGCCGCCACGCACCGGCUCUCCUCUGACAGUGGGAAUAGGAGGGGACCAGGCGGCAGCAGCAGAGCUGACAAGUGACAAACUCCCGUCCAUCAGUGACUUGGACAGCAUUUUUGGCCCCGUGCCCUCCCCCAAGUCCGCUGCCGCUACCGCAGAAGCCAAGUGGGUCAAUUUUUCCGAUCCAUCCCCGGAAUCGGCGCCUCAGGAGCCGUCGGCCCUGGAGCAAGCGGGGUCCCCGCCGGCGGUGGCAGCGCCCCAGCCCUCCUCCUCCUCCUCCUCUUCCUCCUCCUCUUCCUCCCGCCCGCUCCCCUCGCCGCUCCGCUUGGAAGAGGUUCCCAAGAAGGUUCCCGAGCAGCCUCACCUUAAGGAUGAGAACCUGGAGCCGGUCGCCUCUCCCAAAGAUUUGGGGCCGGGACAAAGAGCCACCCCCCCUCCCCCUCCGCCGCCCACCUACCGCACGGUGGUCUCCUCCCCCGGACCGGGCACCAGCGGCACGGGCAGCGCCAGCGGUUCCUCGUCCCCAGCUCGCCCUGGCACCCCUCUGGCCACCUGCAGCACCCCCCCACCACCCCCUCCCAGACCUCCCUCCCGGCCUAAGCUGCCUCCUGGCAAACCCACGGUCACCGAUGUGUCCAGACCUUUUAGCCCUCCCAUCCACUCCUCCAGCCCUCCUCCGAUAGCACCUUUAGCCCGGGCUGAAAGUACAUCUUCCAUCUCCUCCACCAACUCCCUGAGUGCAGCCACCACUCCCACUGUUGAGAAUGAACAGCCUUCCCUCGUUUGGUUUGACAGAGGAAAGUUUUAUUUGACUUUCGAAGGCUCAUCCCGGGGCCCAAGCCCCCUGACCAUGGGUGCCCAGGACACCCUGCCCGUGGCUGCUGCCUUCACCGAGACCGUCAACGCGUACUUCAAAGGGGCUGACCCCAACAAGUGUAUUGUGAAGAUCACAGGGGAGAUGGUGCUGUCCUUCCCAGCUGGCAUCACCCGACACUUUGCCAACAACCCCACUCCAGCAGUGCUCACCUUCCGGGUGCUCAACUACAGCCGCCUGGAGCACGUCCUGCCAAACCCCCAGCUCCUCUGCUGUGACACCACACAGAGUGACACCAACACCAAGGAGUUCUGGGUCAACAUGCCAAACCUGAUGGCUCACCUGAAGAAGGUAUCGGAACAGAAGCCUCAAGCCACCUAUUACAACGUGGAUAUGCUCAAAUACCAGGUAUCUGCCCAGGGUAUUCAGUCUACUCCAUUAAACCUUGCAGUGAGCUGGCGGUGUGACCCUGCAAGCACUGACCUGCGCAUCGACUACAAAUACAACCCCGAGGCAAUGACCACACCUGUGGCUCUAAACAACGUCCAGUUCCUCGUCCCUGUGGAUGGAGGAGUAACCAAACUGCAAGCUGUGCUUCCUCCUGCUGUCUGGAAUGCUGAACAGCAAAGGAUACUGUGGAAGAUCCCUGACAUCUCUCAGAAGUCAGAGAACGGAGGUGUGGGGUCCCUGCUGGCCCGAUUCCAGCUCUCCGAAGGACCCAGCACCCCAGCACCCCUGGCUGUGCAGUUCACCAGUGAGGGCAGCACCCUGUCCAGCUGUGACAUCGAGCUCCUGGGUGCCGGCUACCGCUUCUCCCUCAUCAAGAAGAGGUUUGCAGCAGGUAAAUACUUGGCUGAUAACUGA